AGAACUGCACAGAUGACCCUUCAUUACACAGAAUCACAGUAAGUCAGYUGUCUUCAAGCUCUACCUGGUACAGCAAGGUUCUGAAGUGCACUGAGUGCAGCUUGUUGAACAGAGGUGUCCCCACUGUGAACGUGUUUCUCCAGAAGAUCCAGAAGCUGGUGGAUGAUUCCCAGCUGAAUCAUUCGCAAACAGUUCCCGUCUGAAGAAGGAGGCAAAACCCAACAGGUGAGAGUAAGAAACUGAGAUGGACAGAAGUUGUUUUCAGAAAACUAGCAGAGAAAUACAGGCUCAGAAGAGGCCCUGGUAAAAGGUGAUAUUCUUGUGGUAAUUGAGUUCCACCAAGGAGGAGUGUUUGUGAAGAAAGCUAUGGGUAGAUAGCAGAUCCCAUUGGAUCGUGGCCGGUGUGACACCCUGUGGAGUCAACAAGAAAAAUGGCUGCAGAACCCUGACUGAAAACAGRUAAGAGGAAAAAUAUGAUAACCUAAAACAGGAGAUGAAAAUGUACAUAAGACAGCUCCUGAAUUGCAGAGUAGCAUGUGGACUACACUCGUUAAAGCCCAUACAUGAUGGGUUCUGAAAUCCUGCUUUGGCUGAAGGAAUCCUUCAAGCAUCUUUGGCAUCAUGCUUCCGGAUGAUACAGAGUCUUCACUGGAAUUUUGUCAUCAUGCUGCAGCAAAUUUUGCGUGAUAUGUACAUUGACCCUGAGCUCCUGGCAGAGCUGAACGAAGAGCAAAAGCAGAUCUUGUUCUACAAGAUGAGAGAAGAGCAGCUGAGGCGCUGGAGGGARAGGGAAGAAAAAGCCCGAAUGGAGGAGGCUGUGCUGAGAAAGACAGCAAGGCGCAAGCAGAGUAAUGGCAAGCACGUGCAGUGGCUGCGAGGGAAGGACGGUGAGGUCUGGGUCUGGGUGAUGGGAGAAGCCCCGGGGGACAAACCCUACGAGCAGAUCUCCGAGGAGCUCAUAGCAGAGCGAGCCAGGCAGCAGGCACAGAAGGAGGCAGAAGAACUAUGGAGACAAAAGGAAGCUGAAAUUACAAAGAAAUUUCGUGAUGCUAUGGCUCAAGAAAAAGCCAGAAUAGUGGCAGAAAAAUGGAAAAUAGAAAUGGAGGAUCGGAAAGCAGCCAAAUUGGAGGAAGAAAAAAUUCAGGAGGAACUGAAGAAAAGAGAAGAAGAGGAAAGACAAAAGGGUGAAGAGCUGAUCAGGCAGCAGGAGGAGAUCCGGGCCAAGGAGCUGUACCUGAGCCUGAAGCAAGCGCAGCAGCACAGCCAGCACAGCGACGAUGACCGCGAGUGGGAGGAACAGUUGCGCCGCUCCAAGGCUGCUGACGAGGAGAGGAGCCACAAAGCGCGCAGAGCCCGUGACGAGUACCGGCGGCAAUCGCUGCGCGCCAUCCAGAAGGGAAGGGUGGCCGGCCUCAGCCAUCUGUUCCAGGGCACAAACCUCAGCAACGAUCAGGAGAUCAAACUCAACAACAGCAGCGCCAGUCCUUCGCUGCCUCUGUCUGCAGCGGCCAGUAAGGUCUGGGAGCGCCCGUCCCGGCCCUUCUCCCGAGAUGUCAUCAUUCGCUGGUUCAAGGAGGAGCAGAUCCCUCGGCGGGCUGGCUUUGAGAGGAACACCAACAGGAUUGCUCCRUGGUUCCAUGGCAUUAUCAGCCGUCAGGAAGCAGAGGAGUUGUUGAUGAAUAAAUCCGAAGGCGCAUUCCUGGUGCGAGUCAGUGAGAAAAUCUGGGGCUACGCGUUGUCCUACCGCCAGCAAAACGGGUUCAAGCACUUCCUGGUCGAUGCUUCGGGGGAUUUCUACAGCUUCCUGGGGGUGGAUCCAAACCGACACCCAACGCUCACAGAUCUCAUUGAUUUUCACAAGGAAGAAAUCAUCACAUCCUCAGGUGGGGAGCUACUACUGGAGCCAUGUGGACAGCAGAAGAAUCCACCAGACUACAGCCCAUUAUUUGAAUAACUGAUCCAGGACUAACAGGAAUGCAUUCUGGAUAGCUGUAGAAAUAGUUACAAAAGUAAACAAUGAAAGUAGUUACCCAACUUUCAAAGCCACUGGUCUUGUGGCCAAAAAAUAUCCUCAUUAGGAGGCCUAAAAUAUUUCUGGUUUGCAUCUGAAUGAUCAUCAUUAUUCAUAUUGUUAGCUCUUGAAAGGUGAGAAAUUACCAGCAAAUUGCAAAAGAGGACUACCAGAAAAUUUUCAAGGGGUUGUGGCCAAUUGCACUGAAUGCUAAGUUCCUGUCUUAAUUUUCUCAUGUUUUGUACAGCAAGAAGCAUGGGYAGGAGCAAUUCAUAGAGUACUGUAUGAAGUAUCAGUGUUGGUGAACAGAUUCUGUGWUCCAAAGCAAGGUUUGACAGUUUCUGUUGACAAUUUCAUUACCCAGUGGUGCACUUCUGAUAACAAGAGAAGCAGUCUUAAAACACCCCUACRAAAUUAGUGAUUGCUUACAGAAUUAGAUGUAGCUUGAAACUCUCCAUUAUGCUUUUGAAUUCAGGCCUACAGUUCCCCACAAAAGACAGAAUAAGGUCAUACACAUGUUAUUUGCAUUUUCAUCCAACAGCCUUGGAAGGAGCUUUACUCCAAUACAGUAAGUGGUCAGUUUAUUCUAAAGAAAACAGUUUGAUKUGCUGCACAGUUCUCUCGCUGGCCUUGCAUGUUUUCUGCUUUUAGAUGCGCAACAGACCCACUGGAUAUUGCUAGCUUUACUUUGCUGUAGGCGUGGGUAUUKUCCUUAUCUGAGAGACAGUGGGACUGGUAUAUUUAUACAUAGAAAAGGUGCAGCUAAUUACAUUAUCACCAGAAAAAKAUGCACACAAUGUGUUCCUGAUCCAUUUGCUAUGUAUAUUAACUCCAUGAAAAUAGAGCAAAUGAUAUUACUUGGAAAACUGCAAUUUAUACUAAGAGUUUUAUUAUCUUAAUAAAUGGCAGAAUUAUCAUGUAAAGGAAUUGCCUCUUUUUUUUCCCCAUAGCCCCACAGAAAUAAUGAAAAAUAUCCAGCUAAUUCAGCCUUACCUGGAAAGAAAUCUAAACAAUAUAGAACCAGAAGCAGCAGCAAUAGAGUGCACUUCACUGAAGAUAAGUUUUGAAAGAAACAAAAGGAGAUCAUAGCCAGCAGAAACUAAGAACAGCUUUCCUUGGUAGAGACAUGCAGCUGUUGCCAAUAUCCUUGAGUGAAGUACAAGCAUGGAGAUGUUUUCUGAGUUAACAGGUGCUUUUUGUUGCCUGAGGGGGCAACAAGACAGUAAGGGGACUAUGAAAAGAUAACCCAGUUAGCAGGAAGAAUAGAAGGUAAAGCAAUGAAGGAGUAAAUAUGGAAAAUUAAGAAAAUAAGAAAGGGGGAAAUAUUUUUAUGCUGUUGUUUUGAAAGCAUUUUUUAUUUUUGCUGCUUUGGGAGGAAGACUGGGCACUGCUGUGUCCUUUUCUCCCUGUAAGUCUGCAAGAUCGCAACUUUGAGCUAAAUGUGUCUUGGAGGUAGAUUUGACAUGCUUGAAUCUGUAAAAGGUGGGCUGGUCUGUGCCUCAGCCUCSAAUGCUGCCUCUCCUUCUCUCUGCCUGCCUCUCCAUGUGGUGCUGGAGGAACUGUUCAUCACUGGGUAAAUAAAUGGUUGUGGAGCUGCCAUUUCCUUGGCUGCCAGGGCAGUUUUAGCUCAUCACACUGUGACCUUCCAGUCUUGCUUUCUGACCUGUUUUUCUAGUGGURGGUAUUGGUGAGUCAUAGGAGUGGCAUGGUAUGGAAUUGCCUUAYAAGAUUUCCUGUCAACAUUUCUUGUUGAUGAAACCACCAGGAAUUCACUGAGAGGCCUGCUAUGGAAAUUGUGUUUCAUAAGGAAAAGUGCCACAGCAGAAAGGUAAUCUUUGAAACUUUGAAAUGAAUUGAACUUUUCUCAUGUUUCCCACCAAUAAAAUACAGCACACAAGGUCCCACGCUUUAUUUUCAGGUAUCUUUGAAAAAGACAUCUCUUGAGGAUUUAUUCUUGCUUCUUCCCAGAGUCACARAACCAUCUGUUCUUUUGAAUUUUGUUUUAAUCUGUUAUUGUACAUAGACAUCUUUAAUUUAAUUCUGCUCUUUUCUCUAAAAAGGUACAAAAACCAAGCAAAGAAAUUGACAGCAGUCAUGGAUGAGAUUUCCAAGCUACUGAAGGAAUAUGGAUGCCAGUCUUUUAAUUAAUGGAAUAAUGAUAUAGUAUGAGUAUUUGCACAUUAGUUUUAUAAUAGAUGUCCUGGAUGAUUCUUUUAAGUACUAAAUCCCCAUUAUUCUAAGCUGAAUAAAGUAACACCUGCCUCAAGAGAGAAAUACCUAAAAACAUUUUUAUAACAGAUUUAUUUUCAGGCUUCCUGAAUAGAAACUCUUUCCAAAAACCAGAUCCCAAGUGAGAAUUUCCAUCAGAUUUCAGUUACCUUGAAUCAAAUUAAGCAAACCUAUUUCUUGGCUGAGGUGAGGCAGCAUUARUACAGUGACUACAGUUUGUAUGAACCAGUGAUUCAUUUCU